ACUAAUCUCUUAAUACAACGUAACAGAGAUUAUAUUACUCACACCCACCCAAACAUGGCGUCUUUCAAACAAUCUUCUCUCUUGUUACUACCUCUCUUGCUCAUUUCCUCUUUCGUUGAAAGGUCCUCCGCUGCCGGAAUUGCUGUCUACUGGGGCCAAAACGGCGGCGAAGGCUCCCUCGCUGACGCGUGCAACACCGGAAACUACCAAUUCAUUAACAUAGGUUUCUUGGCCGUCUUUGGCAAUGGCCAGACACCACAACUAAACCUCGCAGGCCACUGUGAUGGCACUGCGAGCUCCUGCUCCGUCUUUAGCGACCAAAUCAAAGGUUGCCAAUCUAAAGGCAUCAAGGUGCUCCUCUCCCUCGGUGGUGCCUCCGGAGGCUACUCUCUUAACUCCGCCGACGAGGCCAACCAGCUUGCCAGCUACCUCUGGAGCAACUUCCUCGGAGGAAGCUCCGGCUCACGGCCCCUAGGUGACGCCGUUUUGGACGGCAUUGACUUCGACAUCGAGGCCGGUGAUGGACAACACUGGGACGAGCUAGCCAAGGCUCUAAAGGGGUUUAACCAGCAGCUAAUCCUCUCCGCAGCACCUCAAUGUCCAUUCCCAGACGCUCACUUGAGUAAUGCCAUCAACACUGGUUUGUUCAACUACGUUUGGGUUCAAUUCUAUAACAACCCUCCAUGCAUGUAUACCAAUGGAAACAUUAACAAUCUUGUGAGUUCAUGGAACCAAUGGAACACUGUGCAAGCCGGCCAGGUGUUCUUGGGCGUUCCGGCAUCUCAGGCGGCAGCCCCAAGUGGUGGGUUUAUUCCGGCCGACGUGAUGACUUCUCAGGUUCUUCCAGCCAUCAAGGGUUCUGCUAAGUACGGCGGAGUUAUGAUCUGGGAUAGGUUCAAUGAUCUCCAAAGCAAAUAUAGCGACGCCAUCAAGGGUUCCAUUUAAAGAACUCAUUAUUAAGUGUGAACUUUUGAAUAAGUAGCAGUUUCGGUAGGCUUGUUCCGAAGGCUACAUGAGUGGAAUAAAAAUUUCUUUAUGUAAUAGAUGAAUUUGGAAUGAAUAAUGAAAUACGUAAACUAUUCAACUGA